GCGGAGACCACUGAAGAUAAGAGUGUGAUCGUGUUCUCAAAUGGCCAAACUUCAACUUGUAACCAACCUUUGUUUGGAAAUGAGGAUGAAAACGACAUUGCCAAGAAGUUGCGUGACGAUGGCGUAAUAGUCGGUUACGUCGCAAUCGGAACACCUGCGAAUGAAACCAGUAUGCAGGAGGUGACGAAAGAUCCCAAUAAUGUAGUACGCAUGAAAAACAUCACGGAGAAGCUGGAUCCUGAAGAGUUGGAUAAAGCAGUGGACUGGUUGCUUGACCUUCUCGGAGGUGCUCCAGGUCCCGCCACGCUACCCAUACCAAGAGCAACGCCU